AUGCCCCUUGUUCUUUACAGAUUUCUCUGUCUUGUUAGUUUCAGUUAUGCCAGCGCAACGUUCCAUUUCCCAGAGCUCAAGCCGGAGCUUGAAAAGUACCAGGACGGAUCUGAGGUGUACCCGCUUACCGAGCCAUUUUACGAGCUGUACAGGAACUACGAGGAAGACCCAUUUCUGGGCACUGCCAAAUGCGUGAAGUUCAGUCAGGUGGGCCCAGAAGAGGAUCGCGGAUACCCGAUAUUAGCUCAGUGGGGAGAGGACAACCAGUCGAUGAUUGCAUAUGCAAAACUUGAAUCCAGUGAAGGGUACACAGCAAAAAACAUGGUAGUCUAUGCGGUGGAAGGUGUGGAUGGGUCACUGCCCUUAUACGUUACAUUCUUGGAAGUCGGCAACUGCGGAAUAAUAAGGAACGCCUACGUGAACGAGGAUUCAUGCUGUGUCGUCGUUCCCGAGAGUCAUCUUGGACAGGAGACGGUCAUUUGCGACUUCGUGUACGACCUGUUGUGUGGUAGUUAUAAGUACCAACUCUAUGACGAAAGUUGUAAAUGGUGA